AUGACAUGUUCUGUAUUCCAAGAAGUAUCGCGCUGGAAAAAGACUCCAUUCAAGAUCAUAGGCAGCAAGCUAUGUAUCUCCAAAAUCUUUGUCCAGGCGUGUAAGAACAAAGCUUCUGAGCGUGACAUCAAGGGAAGGUUUUGCGCGAGUCGGGAUUGGCAAUCAGGCACCUCAUACCGAUAUAUAUCCAAGACCCAGGCGUCCGAAUACAUCAGCUUGAUCAACGAUCCCCGCCACGACUACGACCAGGCGUACACCGUGAACAGGCUCGGAAACGUGUAG